AUGGUAUUCCAAUAUGCUGUGCAUAAGCUAAAUCUUGAUAAAAGUCUUUUGCCUAAUACUCAAGUCGUGCAUCACACACAAUAUAUCACGAAUGACAGUUUUCAGGCAGUACAAAAAGUGUGCAAUCUCAUCCAUAUUGGCGUUCAGGCGAUCUUUAGUCCGUCAAACUCGGCCUUGGCAGCCCAUAUCAAUUCUAUAUGUGCGGAGCUUGAUAUACCAGAUAUAGGAACAGGUCGGUCAACCCAAGAAUUUUCCAUCAAUGUACAUCCAUCAAAGCAAUAUGUAAAUUACGCUUUCAUCGAUGUUAUACAAUAUUUAAAUUGGACAAGGUUUGGAAUUUUAUAUGAAAAGAAUUACGGUAUAUUAGCAUUAAAUCAACUUUCGCGUUCAGUUCAAUCUGAACUGCACAUUCGACAAGUAUCGCCGACAUCGUAUUUUUCAGUUCUAAAGGAAUUUAAACAUAAGGAAAUACACAAUAUAAUUAUUGACACUAAUUCAGCUGAUAUUGCUAUAUUAUUGAAAAAUGUUGAGUGGAAAGGAUUAACAGGUCCCAUACAAUUUAAGGAAGGACAACGAGUUCAAUUCAAAUUGGAUUUGAUCAAAUUAAAGCAACACUCCAUAGUUAAGGUUGGUGAAUGGACGCCCCAAAACCAUUUAAAUAUUACGGAACCAUCAUUAUUCUUCGACACUGGGUCAAUGAAUGUGACAUUAGUUGUUAUCACAAUACUGGAAACGCCUUACGUUAUGAUGCGUUACGGAAAAAACUUUACUGGCAAUGAACGUUUUUAUGGGUUUUGUGUUGAUAUUUUGGAAACAGUAGCACGUGAGGUGGGAUUCGACUACAUAUUGGACUUGGUGCCAGAUCGGAAGUACGGCGCUAAAGAUCCAGAAACUGGCCAGUGGAACGGCAUGGUCGCAGAGCUUAUGAAAUAUAAAGCUGACUUGGCUGUUGGCUCUAUGACUAUUACUUACGCAAGGGAAAGUGUAAUUGAUUUCACUAAGCCAUUUAUGAAUCUAGGUAUUAGCAUAUUAUUUAAGGUCCCAACAACGCAACCAAAUCGAUUAUUUUCAUUUUUGAAUCCAUUGGCUAUCGAAAUAUGGAUCUACGUGAUAGCAGCAUAUUUGCUUGUAUCGUUGACCAUAUAUAUUGUCGCAAAGCUUUCACCUAUGGAAUGGCAAUUUAUUAUUCCAUGUGAUUUAGAGAAUAUAACAAAACGCAAUCAGUUUUCGUUUUCGGAUAGUUUGUGGUUUACAAUUGGAACGUUGAUGCAACAAGGAUCCGAUAUCCAUCCAAAAGCGGUCUCUACUCGUAUUAUUACCAGUAUUUGGGGAUUUUUUUCAUUAAUUAUUGUUGCAUCGUACACUGCCAACUUAGCAGCAUUUUUAACUGUCGAACGAAUGAUGAAUCCUAUAGAAAAUGCUGAUGAUUUAGCAAGCCAAACCGAAAUAUCUUAUGGAACCUUAGAGAGUGGAUCAACAAUGACUUUUUUUCGGGAUUCGAUGAUUGAGACGUACAAAAAAAUGUGGCGAAUAAUGGAUAAUAAAAGGCAGUUGGCAUUUACAACAACUUAUGAAGAUGGCAUACGUCGAGUGAACCAAGGUAACUACGCAUUUUUAAUGGAAUCCACAAUGCUUGACUAUAUCGUUCAACGGGACUGUAAUUUGACACAAAUUGGCGGCUUAUUAGAUACGAAAGGAUAUGGAAUUGCUACACCAAAGGGUUCUCCCUGGCGGGACAAGAUAUCAUUGGCGAUUUUGGAGCUGCAGGAAAAGGGAGAUAUUCAAAUGUUAUACGACAAAUGGUGGAAAAAUACAGAUGAGACGUGCAAACGCAAAAGCAGUAAUAAACAUUCAAAAGCAAAUGCCUUAGGGCUUGAAAGUAUAGGUGGAGUCUUUGUUGUGCUUAUUGCUGGAAUACUGAUUGCCUUCAUAGUCGCAUUAUCCGAGUUUUUAAUAAACUUUCGUAAUCAAGAAAAUACAAAAAGAAAUCACCAAUGCAUCAGUAAUAAAAAUAAUUACAAUACAAGCACUGCAUCAAUUGUUGGAGAUGCGCAGGACGAUUAUAAGCAACCACCACGAUCGUUAUGGGCAGAAGUUUUUGAGGAAUUACGCUUUGCUUUGUGGUGCACUAAUAAACGACAAAAAACCACAGCUUAGAACGUGCUGCGAGAAAUGUCAAAUAAAUAAAUAAUUAAAAUAUAAAAAACAAGUAGUCAAACUUAUAUUUGUUUAUGCAACCAAUUGGAGCUCAAUUAAUUAUUUCACAUUAGCGCAACUUUAUUUGAUAUAUAAUUGUUCACAAUAUAAAAAUUACUUAUAUGAUAUCAAAGCUGUAACUUGUAGGAUUUUAUAAAAUAAAGUCAAUUAUCUUACGCUAAGAUGAGUCUCACUUGCCGCGGACAAAAUAUAAUUUUUAAUUUUGAGUGUUGAAGCAAACGCAAGUCCAUAGUAAUUUAUUGCUUAAUAACUCGGUAUACACAUUUUUAUCGUAGCAGAUAGCUAUCAGCUAUAUCAUCUCAGCGGUUGACUAAUAACGAAUGUACUUUAUGUGUCAAAGAUGCCUCCUUCUACAUGAUACUACAUACAUUUUCUAUACGCAUCAAAUUAUAAUAGCCGAUAUAAUGAUACAUAAACGAAUCUGCAAGCCCUGCUAUUUUCGGAUCGGCCUACUGUCUUGUUAAAUGUAUUCUUUAAUACGAUUGUAUUUAUUCAUAAGUCCUAGAAUUGCAGUCGCUUAAAGUUUAACAUGGUGGUUAUAGUAAUAAUAUAAUAUAGACUAUCAUAUAAUCCUCAUAUCGUUUAAAGCGUUAAAGAUGGGUCUUCUGUUUGUAACACGUAUUUCCGUUCGUCACAAAAAUCCUCUAUGGGUACAAUAUAUACAUAAAUGACUUCAAAUCAAAUUUGUUCAAUUUUAUCCCACAUACUCGUAAUAAAUACUCUACCCUUUCUUGCAAGUAAAUUUUAUUUUAAUUUGAUUACCAAGUAGAUGCUCUAUAUAUUUAAUAGUUAAUCACAUUGCAUAUAUGUAUGUACCUGUACAUUGACAUGUAACAAUUAAGUGCAUAUGUAACAACUGACAUAUGUGUGUAAAUAUUUCCCAGUGAGCUUUUUCGAUAGAAAAAGUAUUUGAUACAGUACUACAUUGAAAAUGUGCAAAAUAUACCAGAUUGUCAGCCAAAGCUACCAAAAAAACCGUCUUCCCCAUACAAAAGUUUUUCUUUAAUAUCUCUUACAUUUUUUAUCUGAUCGCAACCAAAUUUUCAGGAAUCAUAGACAAUAGAUAUUAUGGUCUGGCUAUAAAAUUCAAUUAGUUAUUCAGUUUUUGUCGAUUUGCAGAGGGUGAAGUGGGCGUGGUAAAAAUUUGAAACAAACUUGAUCUGCCUGCAAACAUAACAAGUGUGGACGAAAAAAAAUAAUAUCUCUGUCUCUUAUAGUUUCUGAGAUCUAAGUGUUCAUACGGACAGACGGACAUGGUUAUAUCGUCUCGGUUGUUGACGUCAAGAAUAUAUAUAUAUUUUAUAGGGCCGGUGAUGCCUUCUUAUGCCUGUUAUGUAAAUUUCCUGCCGGCACAAAGUUAUAAUACUCUAUGCAUAGAGGGUGGUAAGCAUUUAUCUAAUUACGGUGGAAAUCAUCUAGUACAUCCUUCAAAUUGGCAGCACCGAGAUGUGUAUAAAAUGUUUCUGAUAACACGUUGAACGUUUUUCAAUUAAUCCGGGCAAACAUUCAAAAAAUAUAAUUUUCUAUAAUUUGUUGCAAUAUUUCAGGUGUGCAGGUUUAAGCUACUGCACGAUAUUUUUAUACCGUUUACAAGUAGAUUAAAAUGUGUUCAACAGACAGAAGGAGGCAUCUGCGACCCCAUAAACAAUAUACAAAUGAAAAAAUAAUAGAAUCGAGCACGCAUAAUUGAAAGCUGAAAAUUUGCUUGCGAUCCUAAAUACAAAAAGUAAGAAAGGCUACUUUCGACUCUGCUUGUCUGUGAGGUAUCCGCUACAACAUUUAAAAUAUACCACAGAGUGCAAAAUAUACCAGAUUUUCAGUCAAAGCUCUUAGUUGCUAGUAAGUAGGCGUAUUUGCCCAUACAAAAGUAUUUCUUUAAUAACUUCGACAAUUUUUAUCUGAUUACAAACUUUUUGGGAUGACAAAGACUGUAGAUAUUAUUGUAUGUCAUAAAAUUCGACUCUAUCUUUAAAAUUACGCUUGUUAUCUAGGUUUGUUUAUUUGUGAGGACGGUAGUGUGCAAAAAUUUGCACACGGGUACAAUCAUUCCUUAUAUUUGGAGUUGUUGAUAUGCUUAAAAAUUUUGACAUUGUAAUUUAUGUAAUUUCAAUUUAAUUAGCUCCAUGUCUUUGGAAUCA